GAGGAAAUCUGACAAAACGUUUUCUUUAACCGAGCUUUUAGGCUGCCGGGGCGGGUAAACGUCCACCGUCUCUGGUCGUUAAAUUAACGUUAAUCUCCCGCUGCUGUUCGGUGACGCGGCGACAUUCUGCGCGCGGUGACAGAUGAAAGUAGCAAUGCCGGAAAAUCAUGGCUCACAAAGAAGAUAAUGAAGGUAAAAGGAGCUCCCACUGCACUGCAUUGCACGCCUGCAUCCCAAAAACAUCUCUGCCCAUUGUGUACCACCCAGACUACAACAUCACCUUCAUGGGCCUUGAAAAGCUCCACCCGUUUGAUGCAGGGAAGUGGGGGAAAGUCAUUCACUUCUUGAAAGAGGAGCAGUUCGUCACUGACGGGAACAUCGUGGAAGCCCUUGAAGCGACCGAAGAGGACCUGCUGGUGGUUCACACCCGACGCUACCUGAACAGAUUAAAGUGGUCACUGGUGGUGGCGGGGAUCACAGAAAUCCCACCUCUGAUCUUUCUGCCUAAUUUCCUCGUGCAGCGGAAAGUGUUGAGGCCUCUGCGGACACAGACUGGAGGAACAAUAAUGGCGGCAAAGCUGGCCGUCGACCGAGGAUGGGCUAUAAACGUAGGAGGAGGCUUCCACCACUGCUCCAGCGAUAAGGGAGGGGGCUUCUGCGCCUACGCCGACAUCACUCUGGCCAUCAAAUUCCUGUUCGAGAGAGUGGAAGGCAUCUCCAGGGCCACCAUCAUCGACCUGGACGCUCAUCAGGGAAACGGACACGAGCGUGAUUUCUUGAACGACGGGCGGGUGUACAUCAUGGAUGUGUAUAACCGCUACAUAUAUCCUGGGGACGGUUAUGCCAAACGAGCCAUAAAGAGGAAGGUGGAGCUAGACUGGGGCACCGAGGACUCCGAGUACCUGCAGAAAGUAGAGCUGCACACCGACGGGGCGCUGAAUGAAGUCCGCCCCGACAUCCUGGUCUACAACGCGGGGACGGACGUCUUGGACGGAGACCCCCUCGGCGGACUCUCCAUAUCCCCAGAGGGCAUUGUGAAGAGAGAUGAGAUCGUAUUCAGGGCCGCCAGGCGACGUGGCGUCCCCAUACUCAUGGUGACGUCCGGCGGUUACCAGAAGAAAACUGCUCGCAUCAUCGCCGACUCCAUCCUCAACCUUCGGCUGCAGGGCCUGAUCGCAGCUGAGGCCCUGGAGGGGGAGGGGUCAGUGACCGGCGCCAGGCGCACCUCCGGACCCGUUGGAUCGGAAUUCACUGCGGUCUGAGACACUGUAAUCCGGGCAUCACCGCUCACAUUUUAUUUAUUUCUAUUUUUAUUUUAUUAAUCACUCAAAGAGAAUAAUCCCGCUAAGACAUAAAAUCCUACUGAAACAAAAGCAGUUUCAUUGUGUACCUUUGGGGAAGGAAAGGUUUCACGUUUAAUGUAUGUUCGUGCAGCUCUUUAGAGAAACAUUCUGUUGUCUCAUGUUGGGUUCUGAAGGCCGGAGGGAGACCACCUUCCAUUUGUUCUCGUCCGGGGAGGAAACGGUGAAUCAAAGAGUCGACUAGCUCAGGUUUUAAAAAUCAAAAAGUAUUUAAUAACUAAACAGAGUAAGGCCUACAAUUACAAAGGGAAAUACAAUGUGAAUAGUAAUAUAUUUCGCGAAAUAGAGAAUUCUCCGACCAAGUCAAAGGUGACUUAUCAGAACGGCUGCAGAAAAUUCUAACUGUUCCUCUCCCGGUUCGAUAAUUCGAAAACUCCCGGGGCGUUGUCUUUUGGGUGUAUUCGAAUGUCAUUGGCUCCUUCUUCAACGUGUCUCCUCCUCCUUCUCACAUACAGGUGUGAACUGUCACGUUUGAAUCUGAAACCCCUCUCUGUCUUAUCUCUCCCUCACAAUCCAAUGCAUUCUAUGUAGAAACAUUUUGGCAUUAUGCCUCAAUGAGUGAAUUUAACACAGUAUACAUGGUUUGUCUUCAUCUUAUAACUAGUACACUUCAAUUACAACACAACAUAUAAGAUCACAGUACUUAUUGGUUUAUCACAGUUUAUCUGGUGCAAUACUUUGCAUCCAAUUGCACAUGACUGUACAUGACUGUAAAUUGGUAUUGACUAUAAUGCAUUCACUUCAUUCAACAUACAAAUGUAAUCUCUACUAUCUAACAUUACACAAACUACAAUUCUACACUAAACAUUGCUACAUGUAACAUACUUCUCACCGCUAGGGGUGCACUUCUUAAAUUCCUAACACUCAGGAAAUGUAAUAAUGUAAUCUUUGAAACAUGUCAUACAUUACUAGUCCAUGAAAUUGAAAAGGGGUUUGAUGUUCUUACAGAUGGGAAAGCAUGAUAAUCAUUCCCAUAUUGUAAGUUAAUAAAUCUUGAGAGGUGAAACACAUGAAAACUAAUUUGAUGAUGAAAUUCAAUGUGCUUACAGGAGAUAAUGUCUCCUUAUCACUCAUGAAACAUUGCUUUAUUACUUCCAGUGUAAAUUUGUGUUUAUCCUCUUGAUGAUGUUGUAUUCAUAACAGAGUUGACAGCGUCUCAUUAAUCAGUUCAGCUAAUGAUUACUUUCUAUGCUACAAUUCACUCAAUCUUUGCAGUUAAAGUUUUACCUAAAGAUACUAUAGCGUUUAGUCUCUGGAGCCUGAUAGAAUUUGAAAACAUAAACCAAGCAACCUGGUCCUGAAAUUAAGGAGAGUUCUCCUUCUCAUUACUUUGCUGAAGUCAGACAAACAGAGCUCUCUCCUCAAUAUGUUUAUGAACACAGGACUUUCUGUGAAAGGAGACUAAAGAUUAAAAAAAAUGUUGGAUCAAUAUAAUUAACGCGACUCUAAGCCGAUUAUUCCGGUCAUGGGUUUUAUUCUUGUGGUUGUUUUGAUAAUAAUGGUGAAAGACAAGAGUUAGAAGUGAGCAACCGCGUGUUUGUGGAUUUGAGGGUGAGAGCUACACGUUUCUCAGUGAGCAAAGAGACGCGUAGAUAUCUGAUUCAUCCGAAGAUAUGUUAAUGUCCGUGCCCAUACUUUGAUGAAGAAAUCCUCUGCUGUCUGUGUUUUGCACUGUAACGACUGUAACUUCCACUGCUCUGGCUUUCUUCUUUCUGGUAGCACAAAGUUAAACAAUAAAAAUACCCUUCGGUUUCUCAUCCAGGAUGCUGGUUGGAUGCGUUCAUAAUGAAAGGAAGGGGAGCACAUUAGGCCUUGACCUGGUGCGCUGCUUUUGAAUGCGGCUCAAAGUGCUUCCGAAUAGAUCACUUACUGCCCUUAACAACUGCCGUGUUCCCAGACUCCAGAUGAUCAGCUCCUCUCUAGGUCAGGCCGGGGUUUCUACAGCGUUGAACGCCUCUGAAGCUGUACUGUACUUUUUUAAUGGUGUGUUUGUGCUAUGUUCGAAAGCUACUUCUGAAUAAAUCAAUGACA